UGCUUGCCAAUCACUUCAUAAAACAAGCCAUUGUCACAAAGGUAACCCGGCCUCCGGUAUUAAAAUUGUGAACAAUGGCUUUUCAACGCAUUAACCUUGUGUUUAUUGCCAUAUUCAUUACGUUGGGGACUUUGGCUUCUCAUGCCACAUCUCGUUCAUUGUAUGAAGCUUCCCUUGCUGAAAAACAUGAGCAAUGGAUGGCAAAGCACGGACGCGUUUACCCCAAUGCGGCAGAGAAGGAAAUGCGUUUCGACAUCUUCAGGAAGAAUGUCGAAUACGUGGAGAAGUUCAACAAUGAAGCGAAUAAGACUUACAAGUUGAACAUCAACAGGUUUGCUGAUAUGACCAACGAGGAAUUCCGGAGAUAUCAUACCGGAUUCAAAAUGCCCCCCGGCUUAAGUUCAACGUCAUCCAAUUUUAGCUACCAAAGCUUGGCUGCUACUGAUAUUCCAACUAGCGUGGACUGGAGGAAACAACAAGCUGUCACCCCCAUAAAAAAUCAAAAUUCAUGCGGUGCUUGCUGGGCAUUUACAGUAGCAGCAGCUGUGGAAGGGCUAACCAAAAUCAAAACCGGCCAAUUGAUCUCACUCUCCGAGCAGCAACUUGUGGACUGCGAUCAUCAGAAUUAUGGGUGCAACGGUGGUAACUUAGAAUACGCCUAUUCCUACGUAGUACAAAACGGAGGACUCGCUCGUGAAGAAACUUACCCGUACCAGCAAAGAGACAUGGGAACAUGCGAUACUACCAGGGAAAGUGAGCAUGCGGCACAGAUCACUGGCUAUGAACGCGUCCCUUCCAGCAGUGAAAGCGAUCUACAGAAGGCUGUGGCCAUGCAACCAGUAUCGGUUGGCAUUACUGCUAAUGGACAAGAUUUUCAGAUGUACGGCAGUGGGGUGUAUAAUUCCGGCAAUUGUGGGACGGAGCUCAACCACGCCGUCACGGCCAUUGGCUACGGGACGACUGAAGAUGGAACCCCCUAUUGGUUAAUUAAGAACUCAUGGGGGGAGAGUUGGGGUGAAAGUGGGUAUAUGAGGAUUCUUAGAAACAGUGAUGCCCCAGAGGGUAUGUGCGGCCUUGCUAUCAAUCCCGUCUAUCCGACUGCAUAACUCUACGUAUAAUCAAACCAAUAACAUCAGGCCCCGGCCUUUUCCAUAUAUAUGAAUUAAGUAUGCACUUCCAAAUUCUACUAUAUGUUCGGCCAAAAAACGGCUGUAUUGUAUUUUGUACCAGCAUGUAUUUGCUUAAAUAAGUUGGGUAGCUCUUGUUUCAAUAUAAGAGGAUCCCAUUGGAGGAAGAUCGAUCAUUGUCAACUCAUUUGUGAUAAUUACCAUUGCACUAUAGUUAUUAUUUAACCAGCUAAGUGCUCGUAUA